AUGAAGAUGGGUGGGAAAAACUAUUUAAAACAUGUUGUCAUUGCAACUCAUUUUAUACCGAACCCUAACAAUUUACCUUUUGUAGACCAUAUAAACCAUAUAAGAAACGACAAUAGACUUGAAAACUUGCGUUGGGUCACUCGUUCUGAAAACAGUAAGAACAAAGGCAAAUUUGGAGAUAUUGUAUUCGAAUUUGUCGACGAACUAGAAGAUGAAGCAAUUGAAAUUACAGACUAUGGCAAGCAUACGUUUGAGUUUUACUACUAUAGCGAAGAACAGGACUCUUUCUACUUUUAUACCGGCGUUAACUAUAGGAAAUUACAAGUAUAUUUUACUAAGGCGGGCUAUGCUUAUGUAAACGCUAGAGAUACAGAUGGAAAAUACGUUAAAAUACUUCUUAACAAAUUCAAGAAGCUAUAUGGCAUACCAUUUUAA